GCCAGGAUGCCCAUCAGGGUGGAAGACAUUAUAAAGCUGUUGUGCACCCUUUCUGAGAACAAGAAAAUGAAAGCGGCUGUCAAGCACUCGGGCAAGGGUGCCCUGGUCACAGGAGCUGCGGCCUUCAUGGGCGGCCUGAUGGGUGGUCCAGCAGGACUUGCUGUCGGUGGGGCCAUCGGGGGCCUACUAGGUGCCUGGAUGACAAGUGGACAGUUCCAGCCCGUGCCUCAGAUCCUAAUGGAGCUGCCCCCGGCCGAGAAGCGGAAGCUCUAUAAUGAAGUCCUUGCCAUCAUCGGGCACCUGGACUGGACAGAUGCCGUUCAGCUCUUCAGGCUUGUCAUGGGCAGCACGACCCUGCAGGAGCAGCUGCUGGCUGUGCUGGUAGGCUACCUCACCAAGAAGCUGCAGGCCCAGAUCCGCUAUGACGACUAGGCCACCGUGCCUAGUGACUCAGAGGGGCUGGGGGCCAGGGGAGGCUCAGC